AUCAUGAUCGUUAUGAGCAGCAGCAUCAUCUACACAGACAGGAAAGCGGAACGGAGGAAACGCGCAGCAGCGGCCAGUGCGAUAGAGAAAUAGACACGGAGAUGUGUGCUGGUGGAAGAAACGUCUGAAGACCAAGAGAAGUGGAGACAAAGCGGGGCUGGUUUGACCUUCCUCCGGUAAAGGCAACGUGUGUGUGGAGCGAAUAUGUCGGGGAGGUUGGAGAAUAAGACCGACUCCCAGCGGUCUCAGCUGGCUUCCCUCACGAUGAGACUCAAAGACAAGCUCCACCCACCCAGGAUCAAACGCUCAGUCGAGAAAAUCAAACGGACCCCGUCUCAAGCGUCCGCUAAUAAGCCCCAUGAUCUCGACCUCACUGCCACACCCCCGCUGCAACGCAAGUCUGUGUGUGUGUUGGAAGAGCAGGAGCGGGCGGUGCUCAGUGCACUGCGAUACUUUAAGAAGCUGCUGGAUACGCUGGGCGGCGAUCAGCCGGUGAUGAACAGCCUGCUGUCGGGCUCCGCCGGCCAGGUGCUGGAGACGGUCCACAACCUCGUCCAACUGGAGCCACACAUACACAACAGUAAGACGGUGACGUGCUGCCUCUCCGGCCUCUACUCCUCCCUGGCUCAGCUCAUCCACUGGGCUGACCAGCUGAUGCUCCAGGGGAUCGUCCUGGAAGAGAAGGAGGCCAUAGCAACCGUUGUCGUGGUGACGAAGGCUGUGUUGGAUGGGGUCAAGGAGCUGGUACGACUGGCCGCAGAGAGACAAGACGGCCCCUCCCCUUCUUCCCCCAUCCAACCACUGUCCCCUAAAGACAAGCAGAACCGGGACCGCCGGGAUUCUGACCAAUCCCUGCAGGCCGUUGGCCAGGAUGAGAUCGAGGACCAGCACGUCUCUCCAGAGCACAGUCAAAACCCGGAGCCCAUGGCUACCACGGAGGAGUCCGCUCCUCCUAAACCCCCUAAACCGUUCCUAUGCACCGCUGCAGACAGCGCUCCUGCCCUCCCGCCUAAGAAACGCCACUCAAUACCAGGCCCCGCCCCUUCCAAAGUGGCCAUCGUGGCACCGAUGAGACGAGAGUCGGAGCCCAACAUGGAGGAAUAUGAAGAGUGUCUCAAGGUGACUAAACCCAGUGUGUGGGUGGAAACGCUAAACACACACUUCCCUCAAACCCAAGAUACAGACUACGACUCCCUCUCCUUGGCCGAAACGAUGCCUCCUCCCACCUCCUCCUUUCCUCCACUUCCCCUCCCACCAGCCCUGCCUCAGAAGACACGUCGUAGCAGCUCGGGUGCUGAAGGUCCCUUUCCGGCCCUCACAGUAGAUUUAACUGGAGUUCAGCACUGCUCUCCCUCCCUCCUCUCCCCCAGUGGGACUCCGCCCCCCCUGCCCGAUAAGAAGCGCCAUAUCCACCAGUACCUGAAGUACCUGGAGUCCUACAGAGCUCCAGCAGCAGACAUGCUGUUCUACCAGCGGCCCGCCGACCUCGGCCAUCGCUACAACAGCAGGCAGCAGGAGCUGGUGAUGGCCUACCAGCUCACACACACACACCUGGACCCCCCCUGCCCCGACACAGCGCCCCCGGAGCCCCCCGGGCACGCGCACCAUGACACGCCGCGGCAGGCCGGCGGGCACGGCGACCUCCAGGCUGUGGCGAGGAUCCCUGCUCCUGCCCUGCCCCCGAAGAGGAAACAGCUGACCUCUCAGGCUUCUGUCUCCCCUCCUCGCCUACAGCCCUCCCUCCCCUCUGCUUGUCCGCCCCCUUGUUCUCUGUCAUCCUGCCCCCAGAGCAGAAUGGUGGAUUCUUCUCUGAACGAUCAAGAAGACAACGACGACACUGAAGACAGUUCCAAGCAGGGGAAGGAGUGUAACCAAAGCAAUGGUGAAGAUCAAGAAGAGAAUGAAGAGCUGCUGCUGGUUAGCCGACAGGAAGUGCUUGAUAGACUCACCAUGAAGUCAGAGGGGGAGGAGGGGCCAGGUGUCAAAGCAGCGUCUCCAGACAUCCUAUUGGUCCAUGCCACUCUGACGGACAGUAAUGAACAGGUCCUGUACUGUGAGGUCUUCCUCUCCACCUACAGAACCUUCAUCAGCCCUCAUGACGUCAUCAGCAAACUACAGUUCAGGUACAAACACCUGUGUCAGGGAAUUGAACCUUCAGUCCUGGGAGUCAGCAAGAACACCUUCCUACUGCUAGUAAGAGUGGUGGAUGAACUCUGUUCAAUAGAGCUGGAUGGUGAUUUGCAGCUCCUUCUGAUGGAUUUGGUGUUCAGCCUGGUGAUAAAAGGAGAGCUGGGCUUGGCCCGCCUUCUGCGCUCCAACAUCCUAUCAAAACUGGAGGAGAGGCGUCAGAUGAUCGAGUCUCCUUCGUGGCUCCGCCCUCUCUCUGCCAGGGGCGUGGCUGCCAGACCAGGGUCUCUUCUUGACUUUAAAAGUCACGAUGUUGCAGAACAGUUGACCUUCAUGGACUCCAAACUCUUUUAUAAAAUAGAGCUGCCGGAGGUCUUGCUGUGGUCGAUGGAGCAGAAUGAGGAGAGGAGUCCAAACCUGACAGAGUUCACCCAACACUUCAACAACGUCUCCUUCUGGGUGCGUUCUGUUAUCAUCUUGCAGGAGAAAGCUCAGGAACGAGAAAAGCUAGUGUUGAAGUUCCUCAAAGUCAUGAAGCACCUCAGGAAACUGAAUAAUUUUAAUUCUUACCUGUCCAUCCUGUCGGCCCUUGACUCCGCGCCCCUGCGAAGACUAGACUGGCAGAAACACACAGCUGAGGCCUUAGAAGAAUUCAGUGCUUUGAUUGACAGUUCAUCAUCCUUCAGAACCUACAGAACAGCUCUCUCUGAGGUGGAACCCCCAUGUAUACCCUACCUGGGACUGAUCCUGCAGGACCUGACGUUUGUCCACCUGGGGAAUCCUGACCGGUUGAUGACAUCACAGGGGUCCAUGGUCAACUUCUCCAAACGAUGGCAGCAGUUCAACAUCCUGGACACUCUGAGGAGCUUCCAACAAAUCUGUUACUCCCUUCAGCCCAAAAGUGAGAUUUCGUCAUUCUUCAAUGACUUCAGCGACCAUUUGGCUGAAGAGGCAUUAUGGGAACUCUCUCUCAAGAUCCGCCCACGCAACAUUCCAAAGACCAAUCAGAGAUGAGCCUAGAAGACAGUGAGCCAAUGUAAUGAGGAGGAGAAACAUCUGACGACAUACAGAAACUGAUCCGCACCUACCUGUCUUUGGAGACAUGUUUAAUCGCUAGCCACUAAAGGCUGCAAUAAUCCGAUGUCAUUCAAAGGAAUAUAUCAGCUCAAAUCGUAUGUAUGUACCCUCAAUAAAUGUCUGUACUUUUUGUAUCAA